AUGGCGUUGCAGGCGCUGCGGCGGUGCCCCGGCCUCGGCGUCGUGCGGCUGGAGCGUUGCCGCGGCCCCGGGCCCGUGCUGCACUGCGGCACCUUCACGCCCAAGUCCGUCACCAUCCUGGACACGCCCGUCAGCAAGCAGCUCGUGGAGCUCCUGGCCAACGCGUGCCCGGGCAGCAGGCUGGAGGACUGCACGAUCACCAGCAACGUGGAGCAGGCGGCGGUGAUGUUCGCCAGCGUGCUCAAGAUGGCCCUGGUCGCGGACGGCAAGGUGCCCGAGCAGCUCAAGGCCCUCCAAGUGACCCUCCUGCCCCCCGGCCCCGCCGCGGACGCCAAGCCGGGAGUCUUGAAAUGGAAGAGGCUCGGACUCAAAGGCACAAUGUCGUACAACCGCGUCGAACUCACCGCUUUGUUCUCCAGAGUAAACGACUAAACAUAAACACGAUUCGGAGUCGUUUUUGUGACUCCCGGUGGGCCGGUCGGAUGGGCUGCCUACCUACACGGCGGCCUGUCACUCACACUUCCAGCUUCGGCAGGCACAAGCUUUCUGUCACCCAGUUCUAUUGUUUCAUGGCUUCAAAAGUUGCAGGCAUAUUUUACUCUAGGUACUAGACGCCGGUACCACUUUUACUUCGCCAAGGGUU